AUGAACGAGAUUGAGGCCAAGGUCAUGGCCAUGUAUGCGGAGGUCGUCAAGAACCCGAGCAGGAGCAAGUUCGUGCCGCCGGACCCUAGCGUCGUCGGGACCAUGCACGUGGGGAGGAACGACAGCCUCAGUUCGGGGGUGUGUAGCUCCGGCAACUUGGAGUCGUAUAUUGAUCUGUCUACGACCGUGUUGCCAGGCACGACAGCAUCAUCAACACCUAAGUCCCUCCCCGAUUGCUAUUUAUCUCUACCUGCCAUCCUCUUCUGCUAUCAUCUGCUAGGAUUCUUCGUACUCACUCUCGAACCUUGCUGA